GUUGUUUUUAUUUAUUAAUUUAAGUAUUUAAUUAUUUUCUCUCAACAAAGAACAAAGCUUUGAGCUUUUCCCCAACUAUAAAAUCAACCCACCCACCAUUCCUUCACCCCACUCGUCUUCCACCUGCCAACAAAGAACCCUAAAAAUCAAUCAAUCCUUUUUUCCCCAGAAAAAAAGUUCAAAAAUGGACUCUUCUGGACGUUCAAGGAGGCGUUGUUUCAUUGAAGAAGAUCAAGGCUUGGCUUCUAUUGCAGUGAUGGAGGCUGGAUAUUCGGGCACCCAUUACCAAACCCAGAUUCAAAAUGGGUGUUUUCAAAGACCUCUUUGUUACUCAAGGAGAACUAGUUUGAGGAAUCUAUCAUCAUCAUCAUCAUCAUCUUCCUCAUGCUCAUCUCCAAGAUUUGAGGAUCAAAUCCGUCAACCUCAUUUCUUGGAUUCCUGUUUCCUUUGCAGGAAGCCUCUUGGGGGAAAUAAAGAUAUCUUCAUGUACAGAGGGGAUACUCCUUUUUGCAGUGAAGAUUGUAGACAAGAGCAAAUAGACAUUGAUGAGGCUAAGGAGAAAAGCAAUAGCCUUGCUUCCUCCAUGAAAGCUUUGAGGAAGAAGGAUCAAAGGAAAGUCACAACUUCUCCAACAAAAGCUAAGAACUAUCCUUUUCGACCAGGCACUGUUGCAGCUGCAUAAAUAUAAUCGUUUCACAAACGAAAUAAAGA